ACUUGUGGAUUGGAUCUCAUCAUAAGGAGCAGCAGUAUUAUUAUAACUUCCUCAUGUCCAGGUACCCACGAAAGGCGAGCGACCACACCAAUUUAUUAUUUGCCAGGCCCAUUUUCUUAUUACUUUGUGUGUCCACUUAAGAAGAAUAAAGUGAACUUAAAUCUCAACCCCUGUUAAGAAAAAGAUGCCACCUCCAGUUAGUUAGUUAGAUUUAUCAUCAUCCAUUUAUUUAAUAGGGCUCAACGACGCAGGUAUCUUUGUCUCAGUUGUGCUUGGUAGGACGCCAUCCUCGGACGGUACUCCUAAUUCAGGAGCAGGCUAAAUAAUUAAUUAGUGAAACGGUGUGUGUAAAAUAGAUAAGUAAAUAUGAGUUAUCUUGCCCCCUUUAAUUUCUCGUUCGUCCCGACGGCCACGUUUCCCUCGGGAUCAAGUGGUGGAUUUGGGGGUCAAACUCCGUACAGUUUGAAUCCUCAGCAAGGUCAGAGCCGAUUUUCUAUUCCACAGCAACAGCAACAAAUUCAGGACUUGCCGUUGCCGGAAGCAAUUUUGCAGAAUUAUCAACAACCCCAAUCUUACUCAUCGGGGACGGGUGACUACUACGGAAAUCCUGUGAGUCGGGAUGAAUUUGUGGAAAAUUCGUUCCAACAGACGACACAAACGCAAAACUUUCAAACGUAUCAGAACCUUCCGUCGCAACCUGCGGGGAGACGACGUCGCCCAAAAAAUAGGGCGAAUCGCACCCCCGUCGCGCCCGCAUUGAGUUAUGGACCCCAACAUGUCGAAUCUUAUCAAAAUUUUAAUCAUGGUUAUCAAAGCCAACCUGCACCACCUCCUCCACAACAACAAGCACAACAGCAACAGCUCCAUGUUCAACAUCAUAAUCUGUUGGGGCACAGUUUAGUUCAGAGGGUGACGCCGAUCGAGGGUCCGAUUUACGCCAAGGAUGGACAUCUCCCAGUCGUGCCGCUGUAUUCGUACAAUGCCGUGAAGAAUGGGACGCUGUAUCAGAUUCCGAUCUUGUGGACGGCCUUGUCUUACGCGUUAGGUCUCGAAAUCCGCGGAGAAAUUUUAAGAGGACUUCCAUGCAUUAAGCGGUUGAAUCAACUAUUUUGUCCCACGGCUGGAAAUACGUAUCCUUUGGACAACAUUGAACGGUUCAUCGAUGAGAAUAAAGCCCUCAUAAAACGGAUGUACGGAGAAUUCGUGAUGAACGAUGGUCCCGCUGGAGGUGAAACGCUUGGCGCUGGUGGUCUCGGUGGUGGUGGGAACGCCUUGCGCCGAAGUGCACGAGAAGUCUAUGAACACGAAGUGGAAGAAUUCUUUGGUAAAUCGAAAACUGCAAAGUUUGCCAAUCGAGCGGAAAAUUUGCACCCAGAUCAGAAAAACAAUUCGACGAAUGGUGGUGGUCAGACUUCUCACUCUAGGAAAGUGAGACAAACCGUAAAUCCGAAAAAUGGGGGGCCCACCCAGCAACCAAAGUCGAACAGGGUCGACUCUUGUGAAUCCACCACGGAGAUAACGACGCCUUACUGGGCAGCCAACUCUGCCGGUAAAGUCAGAGCCAUCGUAAACACGCAACAUUUCGAGCAGGCUAUUCAACAAGAAGUCUGCGCCAAAACGUCGACAAAACAUUGCGCUGGAGAUUGCGGAUGUGAACAGAAAUAUAAGUGGCACCGCCUUCUGGCCUACGAUCCUGACAAUGAUUGCAGAGGAAUUUUCAUGGAUUGGUUUUUAUUCCCGUCUUGCUGCGUGUGUAGAUGUAACCCUUAAAAAUUUAUACUUUUUACUAGAAAUAAAUUUUAACAUGACCUUUUUUUGCUAUAUAAAUAAAUACUUAAUGAUUGAGAUUAAAUUUAAAUUUA